UUUAAACUAUUGUUGACUAGUAUAGUUGUCAACUUGUCAGCCAUAUUUUAAUUAUUAUUAUUGUAUUUAUGUUAUAGCACAUAUCUACAGCUGUGAGCUGAUAUUAAAGUCAAAGUAAUUUCCAAUAUCAAAAUCAUGUUGAGUCCACGUAUCUACAGUGAAUUGCCAAAAAUUGCAAAACGUAAUUUUGGAAUAAUGGUACCAGCUAUGCAAAAAGUAUCUGAUCCAAUUCAACAACUUUUUUUGGACAAAAUUCGUGAAUACAAGUCAAAAAGCUCGGGUGGUAAAAUGGUUGACCCAACACCAGAAACCCAGAGACAAUUGAAAGCUGAACUUGAAAGAGUAGCUGCCCAAUACGGUGGUGGUCCAGGUGUUGACAUGACUAAAUUUCCAACAUUUAAAUUUGAAGACCCACAAGUCGAGGUCAAUAUAACAUCCAAGUAAAGAAUAAAAUUGUUUGUUAAUUAAGAACAAAAAAAAAAAAAUCAAUAAUUGUAGCAUUAUCAUCGAAGAAUAAACAGUAUGGAAAAAUAAUUUAAAUCUUA